AUGGAAUUUUCGAAUAUUACCGAUGACGAAUUAGAUCAAGUUCUUAGCGACGUAACAAAGGAAUUUCCUCACUCUGGUGAGGGUUUAUUAAAGCAGGUCCUGAUCGGUAGAAAGAUAAAGGUUCAACGUUGGCGAUUACGUGAAAGCCUGCACAGAGUUGACAGCGAAGGCAUUGCUCAAAGAAAGAGAGGGAGGUUGUCAAGGAGGGUUUAUAUUGUCCAAGGACCAAACCAACUAUGGCAUGUAGACACUAACCAUAAACUAAUCCGGUGGAACCUUGUUAUCAUAGGGGGCAUUGAUGGCUUCAGUCGAUUGCCAGUCAUGUUAAAAUGCGCUGACAAUAACAAGGCAGACACAGUUUUGUCGUGUUUUGUUGAUGCUGUCGACGAGUUUGGCCUACCAAGCCGAGUUCGCACUGACAAGGGUUUGGAAAAUGUGGGUAUAGCUGAAUUUAUGAUUCAGAACCGAGGCACAAACCGUGGAAGUGUGAUUGCUGGAAAGAGUACCCACAAUCAGAGAAUUGAGCGGUUAUGGAGAGAUGUUUACGAGGGUGUCUUGAGUUUUUUCUACCAACUUUUCUAUUUUAUGGAGGAAGAAAAUAUUCUUGACAUCCUAAAUGAGUCACACCUGAUGGCUCUUCACUUUGUUUUCCUACCUCUUGUUAACCAGAAGUUAAACCUUUGGCAAUCAGCAUGGGCUUACCACCGAAUGCGCAAAACAAGGGCGACACCCGCACAGCUAUGGUUGACUGGCAAAAUCAACAAUCCUGUGGGUCUGGACUGCACCCCAACUCGAAUCCAAGAUCGUGAUGAUGACCUUGACGAUGAUCCUGAUGAUGGUAAUGAGGAAUAG